GUGUCCCUGCGACGGGGCCGGCGGGGACCCUUCCCCCGCGGGGCGAGGGGAGCCUGCCCGCGCUGCCGGCAGCGGAGCAGGGCUUCGAGGGACUGAACCACCGCGCAUUUGCGUGCAGAGAGAGCCCCGAUGCCAGGCCGGGGGGGCUCGGCCCGCUACGCGUUGCACUUCGGGAGUCUCGGGCUACUCCGUUAUCGCCUUUUAGGUGUCUUUGUUGUGAGAGCUUAAAAUGUGGUGUACGAGUAUUCAUUCCUUUUGGUGUGUUUUCCUAUUGGAAAAGAAGUAGCAAAUACUAGUCGGGCCUUGCAAGCAACUUCCCAUGGUGUGUACUUUGUGUGUUAAUGUUUCCUUUUCAUUCUUUCAGCAGAUGGCAAGUUGCAGCCAGAAGAGGAUAAUACAAAUCACUGGAUUUAAAAAUCAAGAGAAGAAGGCACUACUCAAAUGCCUGUUCAAGCUGAACUGUGUUUUUGUAGAGAGUAAGAAAUACAGAAAUUGUACACAUCUUGUAGCAAAAAAGCUGUGCAAGAGUGAAAAAGUCUUAGCUGCCUGCGCUGCUGGGAAGUGGGUACUAACUAAGGAGUACAUAAUUAAUAGUGCUGAAAGUGGCAGAUGGCUUGAUGAAACAACGUACGAAUGGGGAUAUGAAAUUGAAAGAGACACCCAUUAUUCACCUCAAAUGCAAUCUGCACCUAAAAGAUGGCGUGAAGAACUGACAAACUCUAGUGCUCCAGGGGCCUUCCACAGAUGGAAAGUUGUCCUCCUUGUUAAGAGAUGUGAUAAACGAAUGGCAUGUAUUAGAAGUGCCUUGCUGUUGGAUAGAGUUCUUAAAGCUGGAAAGGCAACCAUAUGUUCAUCUGAAAAUGCAGAGCACAAUAUAACUCAUGUGUUCAUCAGUGGUAAAAUUUCUCCUUUACAAAAUAAAAAGCAUCUCUCUGAAACUCAACACUACCAUUUGGAAUAUAUAGGACAUUACCUUUUUCAAAAUGAAAUACAAAAUCCCGAAGAUACACAAAUGAACAAUGUCCUGGCUGCACAAGAAACGGAUCUAGUCAUGUCUAAAAUGGAACUUGCUGAAAUGAAAAAUGUUAUUAUAAAACAUAUGUAUUUUACUGCGACUAUUAAGCACAGGCUUAUGCAAACAGACCGGCUGAACUGCAAUCCAGAGGUUCAAAGUACUAACUGGUCCAGGGGUACUUGGUCUAUACUUCAAGGAUACGUGGAAGAAGACUUACUUCAUGAUGUAGUCACAGAACUUGCUACAGGCCAUAUGUACAGUGCACCUCCUGUGCAACUUCUUCAUCCUCUUCUAGAAUAUGUCCUAUUGGGAAACAAUGAUACAUUAUUUUUUGCCAAACUUUGUCAUGUUUUUUACCUUGUUCUUCAUUGUGAACCUCCCUGGAAGUCCCCAUUGAUGUUGAAGUACUAUUUGGAUUUUCUUCAGUGUCCUAUCUGUAAGAAAGGCACAUGGUCCUUUAUAGAGAUGCUUGUAAGGUCUUGCCUUUAUUGUGAAACAGUUUGUCAUACAGUCACAGUUUUAGAGACAGAAGAUGAACUGAGGAUAGUUCAUAAAACAUUAUUGAAGUAUUUCUUUGAUUUAGUUAAAGGCGAAGUAGAGUUUCUGACAAAAAGUUUGGUUGAAGGAACAAAUUCACAGCAUCAAGACUUGCCUCAGACGGUUCUUCUGAAGACAUUCUUGGUUGAAAGUGGGACCGCAGUGCUUUUUACCAAACACAUAAAUAUUCUAGCAGAUUGGGUCAUAUUUUCCUAUAGAGAAUUAAAUGGAAAAAAUGAUGCUUUCAGAAGUGAAGUUGCUGGUCUAUUAAAUGCAAUUCUUGGAACUGUAGUGGACUAUUGGAUCGUAUCAGGUUUGCUCAUGGACAGAAAUGUGUUUCAUCAAGUGCCUGAUUUGGCGCAUUACCUUGCCAUUUCAUGUGACGAUUUUUCUGCAUGUCAAUUAAAAAUGUUUCUUUGUGCCAUACCAUCCGACUGGCUUCAGCUGUUUGUUGCAGAAGCAAUUUUCAAACAAAUGUGUUUACAGAGGAAUAUUGCUGUUUCUACAGAACCUCUUUCUCUUCAGAAAAUAGUCUGUUCCUAUUCACCUGCUUUGCGAGAGAUAGGGAUGCAUAAGACAGAGAUACACAAAGCAAAGAAAAAGAAAAUAGGGCAACAGCCAUGCCCUGAGUCUCAAAGGACAUUACAGAUGCUAAAUGGCGAUAAGCAGAACCAAGUCAAAGUGCUGCCUGAUCUACCUGACUUAAUCUUUAAUAAGCUUACAGGAAAAACAGAAGUCCAGACUGCACACACCAAAGGGAGUUAUCUUUUGACUGAAGAGGUACACAAGAGGAAUAUUAAAGGAGAGACAGCCCUGCAUAAAGCUUGCAGAAAUAACAAAGUGGAGAGAUUGAUUCAGCUUCUCUCUUUGCCAGGAACAGACAUUAAUGUUAAAGAUUAUGCUGGCUGGACGCCUUUGCAUGAAGCCUGUAACCAUGGUAGCACAGCAUGUGUCCGUGAAAUUCUGGAGCGUUGUCCAGAGGUAGACCUGCUCAGUCAAGUGGAUGGGGUGACUCCUUUGCAUGAUGCACUGUCAAAUGGACAUGUAGAAAUUGGCAAGCUGCUACUUCAGCAUGGGGGGCCAGUCCUUCUAGAGCAAAGGAACUCCCAUGAGAAACUGCCACUGGAUUGUGUUGAGUCAGUCACAGCAAAGGAAGAACUUUUCAAUCUUGUUUAUCCAGGAGAGAGCAUUGAAAACUUCUGUGAAUACAGAGAACAAGAUUUUUGCAAUCAGAAGAAAGAACUGUGUUUGAUUUUGUUUACUAAGAUGCUGACUAAUUUUUGUUCCAUUUAUAAUUUGUCUACACCUCUUACUGUAACUCUGAGAGUGAUCUCUUGUUCAAAUGUACUUCCGGUAAUGGCUUGUGAUAGCUCUAAGAUGAAAAAUGCAUUUUCUGGAGAUUGGUUGGUAGAUACAUAUUUUAAAGAGCUAGAAACUUUUGAAAAACUACCACAGUUUCUUCAAGAAAUAUCUGAAAGCAUGUUAUUCUUCCCUGGUGAACAGGCGAAGGCCUUAUUAGCAGCUCUGGAAACUAUGGUAGAAGCAUGUCAGUGCCUAAAUCUUUCUAGCAAGUAAAUUCCAAACAACCACAUUGGCUGAAUCUUGAGUGUUACUACCUUCUACUUGCCUGCAUGUGUGUAAUCUUAGGAAAGUGCUGUAUCAUUUAUACUCAGUUAAACUGUCUUGGAAGUUGGGUCUUUUUUUUUUACAUGCCUUGUGCCAUAUUUCUCUUUGGUUUUUAGAGGCAGUGACCCUAAACUUAAACCAAGCAAUUGAUUGUUUCAUUUCCUGAGAAAGGUUUAUGUCUACAUAUUUUGAUAUCCCUUAAUAAAACUAAUGUUAUAAAUAUGUAAUGAAAUAAAAAUAUAUGGAAAAGCAAAUUCCUUCUAUCCAUUUUCAUCUUACUUAAUAAAAAAUAAGAUUAAAAUU